AGCAAGUGCCUACGUUUGCACGGGAGCAUUUUGCGAUCUUGCCGAAAGUCAAGUUGUUUACGAGGUUAGCGCUGCAGUUUUGCUGGUUUUGCUUUUGCUUUCGCCUCCACUACCGGAGAAAGUGACACCUGCUACUGUUUGUUGCAUGUUCGAGCUGCUGAGAUAACCGCUAUGUCUGCUUUCGGUCGUGCGAUGCCUGCUCCCGCCUGCCAGCAGCCGUCUUCCCUGUUCGUCGACUCGGUCACACGCCUCAGCAUGGAAUAGCCACGUAGAGUCCAACAAUUAUGGGUGCCGUGCGCGGCGGGGGGGUCAUGUAGGACGGUAUGAAAACUGUGGUGCGUGUGUGUGCGUGAGUCGUGACCGCCACUCGCCUGCUUGAAGCCCCCCCGUUCGUCGGCCACAAGUUGCCUAACUUUUGCGCAGUGACGUGGUGCUACUGCCUCCCUGACAGAGGUAGUAGAGCGCGCACAAAAAGAAACAAACCAUGGAUAGCGCCAACCUGCUGCAGCCCGCACCGGACUGCACCGCGAGGUGCAAGUCUUGGUCGCACGCCGAUCUUGUCCUCUCGUCCAUCACCAAGGGAACGGUGCCGGAGAUACAGACGUACUGUCGCUACCUCUGCCACAACUUCUGGUCCCUCACGGACCCGAUCGGCCGAACGGCGCUCCACGUAGCCGCCUCGUUGGGCAAGGUGGAGCUCGUCAGGUGGCUGCUCGAACAGUGUCACGCCGACGUGGACGCUCGCGACCGCGAGUCCGGCUGGACUGCCCUGCACAGGGCCGUCUUCUACGGACAGCUGCACUGCGCCAAGGUUCUGCUCCAGCACGGCGCGAGCAUCGCGACGUCCGACUACGAAGGCCUGACACCCGUGGACCUGGCGGUACGCGACCGAAUGCCGUACAUCGAGUACGCCCCGUCCGACCCCUGCGAGGUGUACGUCUGGGGCUCCAACAAGAACUUCACCCUAGGUCUCGCCAACGAGCAAUCGCCCAAGGACCCCGAAGUCCUGGAGUCCUUCCGGCGGGACGGCGUCUCCGUACAGAAGGUCGAGAUGCAAAAGUUCCACUCAGUUUUCCUGACGAACGCCGGCGAGGUGUACGUCUGCGGACACGGUCUCGGUGGUCGACUUGGGCUCAACUCCGAGAAGACGACAUUGAGCGUAACACAGCUUCCUCUGUCCAAGGUAAACAAGGGAAGGUGCUUGGACAUAGCAUCGGGACAGGACCACACUGUUAUGUUAAUGGAAGAUGGACAAGUCCUGACGUGCGGUUUGAACAACCACCACCAGUUGGGCCUCGUCCCACCGCCGCCUCAAGUGCUCUCACCGAGGCCUCUUUCGAUGAAGUUCCUCAAGGAAAAAAAGGCGGUUGGAGUCUGUGCAGCGAAAUACCACACUGUCAUCUACACGGAAGAUGGCGUGUACACGUUUGGCCUGAAUGCUGGGCAGCUCGGACAUCCAAAAGGAGAGAGGCUGCAGACCACUCCAAGACAAAUCUCCAUGCUGAGCCAUCCUGACAUAAAAUUCAGCCAUGUCGUGUCUUCCGACGGUGCCAUCGUUUGCGCAACGGUGAAGGGUGACAUAUACGUUUGCCAGGAGUACAAAUGCCGCAAGAUCGCAUCUAAGCAACUCGAAAUCAAACAGCUGAGUGUUGUUGGCGGCCCACUCGACGAUUCUGGAGACGCCGUUAGUGGAAGUGGUGAUGGAGAGAAGCAAGCGCUAAAGGUGGCAAUGCUCACUAAGUCUGGGAAGCUGUAUCUGUGGCAGUCUUCGAGCCUUACACUCACGCGCUGCCUCUUCAACACCUAUCUACAGCCAAGAAUCGUGGACAUUUGCCUUAGCACCAAGAACAUAGCUCUUGUGUCAAAAGAUGGUGAAGGUUACCUGGGAACUCUGGCACCAAAAAAAGAGGUGAAGAAGACAUCUGAAAACAGUUCUCAGUCGAAGAAGACAGCUUUGCCACCCUCCAAUACUUGUAGCCUGGUAAAGCUCUUGGAGUGGAAAGAGUGCGAGCAUAUCAGUUUGAAAAGGCUUCACUCUGUCAACAGGGCAACCAGAAUCACAUGCAGCUAUGGUGGAGAAAGCUUCGCUGUGCUUCAAAGCAAUCCCAAGGUGGGCCUCUUGUAUGAACCCAAUGUCAUGUACUCAGAAUUUCAGAGCCACAUGAUGCAGCUGUUGGAGUCGGCCGACUGCGGCGACACUGUGCACGACAUCGUCGUCAAGGUUAAGGGCAACUCCUACCCUCUGCAUCGUUACAUUUUAGCAUCUCGGAGCGAGUACUUCCAGAAAGUGAUCGGUGAGACGGUGCCAUCCGGCUUUCAUGUCAUUGACAACAUAACUGUAAAAGCAUUCGAAGAGGUUCUCUGCUUCAUCUACACAAACAGCUGCAACAUCCUCGAGAGCGAGAGUGCACGCGUUAUUGUUGGGCUGUCGAACAAAUACAGUCUGGGAAAGAGAAUCACCACUGCUUUCUUGAAAGAGGUUCACGAUGCCUCCAAGAAGCUUGGAGUCCAUUCCCUCAAAGACUGUCUUGGCAAAGCGAGCAUAAGAAACAAUGCCGUGGUCCUUGGCACUGUGCCACCGAUGACCAAGUACCGUUUCUUCAGGAACAAGUUUGACACCUUAUAUGAUGUUUCCCUGGUGUCUAGUGAUGGUGUCAGUUUCCCAUGCCACCGGUGCAUUCUUGUGGCCAGGUUGGAGUAUUUUAACAGCAUGCUGUCUUUCGGCUGGGUGGAGCACUCUAGUAGUCAGUUGUCCCUGCCCAUACCAUCGAAGGUUCUGGAUGUCAUCCUAGAGUUCUUAUACACAGAUGACGUUCCGAAGUUGAAGCACUCCAGGGACAUAGAGUUUGUCUGUCAGGUGCUCGUCAGUGCAGACCAGCUGUUGGCAACGCGACUGAGGCAGAUGUGUGAGGCUGUCCUCGGCGACAUGAUGACGUUGAAGAAUGUUUCUGACUUGCUGGAAGUAGCGUGCAUGUACAAUGCAGACCAGCUAAAGACGCUGUGCGUGCAGUUUAUGUGCAUAAACCUUCCUGCAAUCCUGGAAUGUUCCCUCGACUCUCUCAGUGACGACGCUGCUGCGGACCUCGCGUCCUGCUACAGGAAGAUGGUGCCAGCCAUGUCGAGGCGUGUCAUAACACCCUACAUGAGUGAUCCCAGCAAGGAAGACAUCGAGAAAGUCCAGGAAGAGUACGGGGCAUUGUUCGAUCAUGCGGAAGUUUACGGUCACUAGCACUCCAGACUUAAAACUAAAGCUAGACGGAGGAGUGCCCCGAGGAAAGUUUCCGAAUCAUCAGCGCCAAGUGGGCUCUCCACUUCCCCAGUAAUGCCUGCAGAGGACCCCCGCGUUUCCAGCGCUGGUGAUUUCGCUAAGCCGACUGGUGGCCCUGCCGUCAGGCCAGUUGUCUUGCUAAAACCUUGUCAGCGUUCGCCGACAGUUGAGAUUACUCCCACCAAGGUGCUGGAGCGAAAAGCAAGGACAGUCUCUGAAGGUGCCACCUCCCCUCCGGCAGUGUCGGCCUUCACGUUUCCGAGCCUCUGCGAAGUCAUGGCCGACAAGGAAGGGCUCAAGUCACCAAAGGACGGCAAGCACGUUGAGGCCGUGAGGCCAAUGGUGAAACUGUCACAGAAGCAGCGAAAACAAAUGAAGGGUACCACACCAGUGAACAUACUUGCACCCAAGACGCCACCACCGUCCAACUGCCCUUGGUUCCAGAACGCGUCACAGACGGCUCAGGCAUCGUCUCCUCCCAGUCUGGCACUCAGCGAAGCAAGUGCACCCUGCACGUUCCCUUCUCCUUCACCUCCUGCCGAGGUGCCCAGAAUGAUCGACAUACUGAGAUUUGAAGAGCAAAAGGUGCAGAACCUUGAGAAGGUCAAGCCAAAAGCACUUCACAUUAUAAACAUGGAAGACAAAGCAAUUGAAGAGCUGCUGAAGCUUUACAAUGCUGAAGACAACCCGGAGGAAAGGAUAACAGCUUGUAGGAUACUGCCAGAAGCAUACGCUGCACCUGUAUGGAAGAAGAAACAUUGAGUUGCGAGCAAAA